CGUUAGCAAAAGCGUUCCGCUCACCAACAAAAGUAGCAUUUUCAACUCAAGCCUAUCGACAAGGUCUACUUGGUAUUUUGUCGCGUAUUUUUUGUUGAUAUUGACAAUAUGUCUGCGCGAAAAUUACAAGUGGAAAUUGAAAAAACGUUUAAAAAAGUGACAGAUGGGAUUGUCAUUUUCGACGAAGUUUACGAAAAGCUGAAUGUCAGCACCAGUGCCUCUCAGAAAGAAAAACUAGAAGGCGAUUUGAAAACACAAAUAAAAAAGUUACAGCGUUUGCGUGAUCAAAUCAAGACAUGGGCCAGCAGUAAUGAUAUUAAAGACAAGAAAGCUUUAAUAGAAAAUCGCCGACUGAUCGAAGCGAAAAUGGAGGAAUUUAAAGCUGUGGAACGAGAAAUGAAAAUUAAGGCGUUCAGUAAAGAAGGACUGAGUAUCGCCCUAAAGAUGGAUCCAAGAGAAAAGGAAAAGCAUGACACGAUUCAGUGGAUUUCGAGUGCUGUCGAAGAAUUAGAGCGCCAAGUCGAACUGUUAGAAGCAGAAACUGAGAGCUUGCGUGCCACUUUCAAGCGAGGGAAACGUGAUAUUUCUAAGCAAACUCAUCUUUCUGAACUGGAGUCACGCAUUGAAACUCACAAGUGGCACCAAGAGAGAUUGGAGCUAAUUAUGCGACGCUUGGAAAACUCUCAGAUAUCUUCAGAUGCUAUAAACAAUAUUCAAGACGAUAUUAUGUAUUAUGUCGAAUCCAGUCAAGAUGCCGAUUUUGCUGAAGACAUGAACAUUUAUGAUGACCUCGAUCUUGAUGAUUCUUCAGGAAUAUUCGAUGCCGAAAGAUCUGCAGACUCUUCUUCCGCAGCCUCUGAUUCCUCUUCUCAAAAAGACGAUGAAAACGUACCGGUCGUAGAUUCUCCACCCUCAGUCGAAGCAGCGUUAAAAGACGUUCCGUCAUCCCCAACCUUCAUGACUUCGGCACCCCAAGCACAUGAAGAAGAAUCGAAAGCCGCAGAAGUUUCGUCGCCUCCCCCGAAAGAGAAUUCGCAAAAUGAGAUUGAUGGUCCUAGUCGGCCACAAUUGCCCAAUAGUACACCAUCUUUUGCAAAAGCCGCUGCUGUAGCUGCUCCCGGUAAUUCCGCCAAUUCUGUUACUUCAGCUCCGAUAAUACAAAAUAAGCAACCUGGGUCUCCCCGUGUUUCAAAUGCUUCUGCUCCUAAAGAAAAGAAAUAUGCGUUUGCUGCCGCCGCUGCUGCUGCUGCUGCCACUCAAUCAAAAGAGCCUACCAGUAAUCGGACAGAUCUCCCUGCUUCUCCGAAAGUGGGAUCUGGCAGCACCCAAUCCAAAUCAGAUACUACAGGUCCCUCUAUGUCGCCAAAGUCUCAAGAACCAAAAACAGAUGCUCUUCCUGAAGUUUCCGAGCAUAUUUCUGAAACAAAUCAUGAUAAUAUCACAACAGAAGAGAAAUUUCCCUCAUCUCCUCCAGAGUAUAUCCAAGAUUUGGUAGGAGCACUCAAUGCUUCAAAAAUUCGACUUCAAUAUCCCAUAAAUAAAGAAAAGCUGACUGAGGCUCUCAAUAUUAGCUGUGUGUACGUACCUGAUGCAGUCGAUGCCGCAAAACCAAAAUUUUAUGUACCUAAAGAUCCUUAUCCAGUACCCCAUUAUUACCCGCAGCAGCCUCUUCCCUUGUUUGAUUCUCCAGAAAUGACUGAAGUUGUUGAUCCAGAUACAUUGUUUUACAUGUUUUAUUAUUUGCCUGGCACAUAUCAACAGUAUCUCGCUGGUCGGGAACUUAAGAAACAAAGUUGGCGUUUCCACAAAAAGUACACAACUUGGUUUCAAAGACAUGAGGAGCCCAAAAUGAUCACAGACGAAUAUGAAAGUGGAACUUAUAGGUACUUUGAUUUUGAGGGCGAUUGGGUGCAAAGAAAGAAGGCCGACUUUCGUUUCAUGUAUGAGUAUCUCGAAGACGAUGAGGAUUGGAGCCGGUGAACGUAUUUAUUCUCAAUUGUUACGACCGUAAAUAAAUUCUUUGGGCAUAAUCAUGUUGUUUACAGUUUCUGGUGAUUCACGUAUCGCGAACCGAAUUCGUUAAUUAUGAGUAAUAUAGCAAUACAGUCUAGUUACUUUUUGGUAAUUCUGGAUACAUUUUAAUUGUAAUUAAUUUCCUCUACUUCUUCUUUUCACAGCAAUUGACUUUCAUAAAAAAAUUAAAUUCAUUAAAUUGGAAAUAAAAG